AUGACUACAGUAUUUGUAUCAGGAGCUUCUGGGUUCAUUGCCCAACAUGUUGUCAAACAAUUGAUCGAGAAAGAUUACAAAGUCGUGGGAUCUGUCAGAUCAGCUGCGAAAGGAGAUCAAUUGAAACAAGAUUUGGAUACUCCUAACUUCCAAUAUGAAAUUGUAGAGGAAUUGUCAGCUCCAGGAGCUUUUGACCAAGCUUUAAAGAAACAUCCUGAAGUGACUGUCUUCUUACACACUGCUUCCCCUUUUAGAUUCGACAUCGAAGACAUUGAACGGGAUUUAUUGAAACCUGCUAUUGAUGGUACCAAGAAUGCCCUUCUGUCCAUAAAGAAGUAUGGCCCUCAAGUAUCUAAGGUAGUGGUUACUACUUCUGAUAUUGCUAUGCUGUAUGUUAAUGGUGAUUCUUCCAGCCCAGCAAUCACUGAAGAUUCAUGGUGUGACACUACUUAUGAGGAAUCUUUAACCAACCUGUUUGCAGGGUAUCGUGGAUCCAAGACAUUUGCAGAAAAGGCUGCUUGGGAAUUUGUUAAGCAAGAGAAUCCAAAUUUCACUCUCAAUACGGUUGCACCAACUUUAGUCCUUGGCCCACAAGCUUUUGCCAGUGGAAUCAGAGGAACUUUGAACACCUCAUCUGAGAUCAUUAAUGCUGUGUUAAAGAACGGGCCAGACGAAUCCACAGUCCCUGAUAUUAAUGCCAAUUUCAUUGAUGUUAGAGAUGUUGCUAGAGCUCACUUACAUGCUUUUGAAAGUGAUGUCAAGAAUUUCCGUUAUUUAGUGGUUCAAAGUCAAUUCUGUCUUCAAUAUGUUUUGGAUGCUCUUAACAAAGGCAUUCCUUCUUUGAAAGGGAAAAUCCCAGUAGGUGAUGGCUCUAAAACUGAAGGUUUGAAAUCAUUACCAAAAGUUGACAAUUCUAGAACUCGAAAUCUUUUGGGAGAGUUUAUUCCUUUAGAACAAUCAGUUGUCGAUUCAGCUAACCAGAUCUUAAACUCGUAA